AUGAACCGUCUCAACAGCGUGGCAGGUCAUGUUGUUCCCACCUUGACUAUUAUCGACAAUAGAAGUGGUAAGAAGAUAGAUGUCAAAGUGACGGAUGACACGAUAAGAGCGACUGAUCUCAAACAGUUGGGGAUUCAAACCUAUGACCCUGGGUACAUGAACACGACUUGUUGUGUAUCUCGCAUAUCCUUCAUUGACGGCAAUCGCGGUGUUUUACGUUAUAGAGGGUAUCCUAUAGAGCAGCUAGCUGAGAAGAGCUACUUUACUGAGGUGGCUUUCCUCUUGCAGUACGGAGAGUUGCCUACUAGGAAUCAGUUGAGGCGAUGGGAGCAGGAUCUUAUGCGUCACUCCAUGCUGCAUCAAGAUGUGGCUACUCUAACUUCGGCUUUCCGUUAUGAUGCUCAUCCUAUGGGUAUGUUCGUAUCGUCAAUGGCGGCCCUUGGUACUCUGCACCCCGAGACCAACCCAGCCCUUACCAGUCAGAACAUAUAUAAGGAUAAGGCGGUACGGAACAAGGAGAUCGCUCGUAUACUAGGAUCAGCUACAACCUUGGCUGCUAUGGCUUAUAGGCAUCGUAUGGGGAGGCCUUUUAAUAUACCCAAUUCGGACCUGGGCUACACUGAGAAUUUUUUAUACAUGCUGGAUGUCUCACAUGAGGGUACGAGAUACAGGCCGCAUCCAAAACUGGUGAAGGCCUUGGACGUCUUGUUCGUGCUACACGCCGAACAUGAGCUCAAUUGCUCUACUAGUGCUAUGCGCCAUCUCACUUCGAGCAAUGUUGAUGUUUACACAGCUUGUGCCGCAGCUGCCGGGGCCUUGUAUGGGCCACGCCAUGGUGGUGCCAACGAGGCUGUAUUACGCAUGUUGGAGAGGAUCGGCUCUCUCGAGAAUGUCCCUAAUUUUGUCGAAAAGGUGAAACAGCGCAAGGAGCUCCUCAUGGGUUUCGGUCAUCGAGUAUACAAGCAUUAUGAUCCUAGAGCUACCAUUGUGAGGCAGAUAGCUGAGGACGUUUUCGAGAUCUGUGGUCGAGAGCCUUUAAUAGAGGUUGCUAUGGAGCUUGAGCGUAUCGCUUUGUCGGAUCCAUACUUCAAGGAUAGAAAACUUUAUCCCAACGUAGACUUCUACUCUGGGUUGAUAUAUAAGGCCAUGGGCUUUCCUACCGAUAUGUUCCCCAUACUUUUUACGGUGCCGAGAUUGGCUGGAUGGCUUGCGCAUUGGUCAGAGUGGAUCGAUGAUCCGGAAAAUAGGAUCUACCGUCCAUUCCAGGUAUACAAGGGUUAUGAUAAGCGAGAUUAUGAACAAGUAUAUGAUCGAAGUGAGAGGGUUCACAGUAAAGAGCUGAAGGUGAAGCGAAGCGCCUUCAAUAGGCGACGUGAUGCCAGUCUACAGUCCGCGGCGGCUGAUAGGAGUGAGUACGAAUGGAUCAAGGACUAG